AUGCGGCCCUACCCGAAGCAGUAUCCACCCUGGAAAAACGGAUGCUAUAUGUGGGAACCUCGAGGAAUACCUCAUGGAUGUCGGGCACCUGGGGUGCCGUUCAAAAUGCACAUUCCCAACGCUAUUCAGGUGAUGGUAAGGGCUGGAAACGAAUGGACUGAACUGGAAAACGUGGAAGAGCAUGUGUUCCAGGGUUUGGUCGAUUUUAGCAAGCCAGACAUGGCCAACGGUGGGGUCACCAAACUACGGCCUGCGGGCCGGAUCGAGACCACCGAAAGAGAAGGCCAAUUCUGUGGAAGGGGAAAAUAUGUGACGUCACUAUCUUGGGUCCUUCCUUGCUUUUCAGAAGAACGAAUUUGCUCUCUCUCUCUCCUCCACGAUAUUUCUCUCAAUAGUUUGUUCCUCUGUUUCGUUUGUUGUAUAACACCUACUUGGCUCUUUCUUUCUUCGUGUAUAACAUUUAAAUCAACAGCCACGCACGGCUGA